UACGGACAGUUGAUAUCCUGCUACUAUCUAAUGGCUGAUGUUCUUAACUAAUAACAAGACAAACACAAUCUCUCAACCAUUAUCGUUUCAAAAUUUGAAUUUGCCAAUACGUUCCCCAUCCUCCACAAACCCUAACCGAACUCGAUCGUCGUCUCCACUAUAACCAAUCGAGACCAUCACAACAUCAACCAUCAUCCAAACAUCAGCCACCAUCACCGAUGUCCUAGGGUUCGCCAGAACCAUCGUCACCAAUAGAAAGCCCCAAGUUGCUUUGGUGGGUAUUUUGUUAUUCCAAACGAUUACUAAAUUUGGCAUUUUUUUCAUAGGGCGUGCUGGGUGGAAGCUACAAUUACCCAAGCCAAAUGAUAGCCUUUAGAAAAUGCACAUGCCCUUACUGUCAGAUUUGUCCGGUUGUAGCGGUUGAUGCUUCCUAUUUCUCUUAUUCCCCAUCCUUGAGUCCAAAAGAAGCAGCGAAGGACACACUCAUCCAGACAUUCAUUUUUUCUGUGGUGACUCUGUUUCUUCAAAAGCCAAUCAGAUUCCAAGACAUGCACCCACCUAAGCAUUGAAUUUAGAUAAAAGAGUGGGGUCAACAGGUCACAUCUUUUUUUUGCUGUUUAGACAAAUUUUCAAGUUAUUUCUAGGUAACAAGGUUGUAAUAUAAUUAAAAAAAAUAUUAUAUGCACGCGAGGACACUAUGACGUUUGCAAAGGAUUGGAAUUAGCUAUAAUUUGUUCCCAAGUCUUAGAAAGCCUCCAUAAUCCUUUCUUGCAACAUCGGAGGAAAAGAUGCAAAGUCAUCUAUUUAUGAAUCUAUGCACAAGUUGACAUAAGAUUUGUGCGAGUCAAAUGACAAUAUUGUCCUUGCCUCUACACCUCUGCCUCCCUAGCGACUUCCAACAACUGGGAUCGCCUCCCCAACGACUUUCAACAACUGGGAUCUCUGAUCAAAUGGACGAGAAGUAGAAGAUCCUGAUCUGUUGCUGAGAAUCAGUCUGACCAUUAUAAACAUUGUCUUGAAGUAUCAUCCGGUGUUUAUCUUUGGUGUUUCCUUGGAGGGGAUCAAUCAUGGUGGUGUAACUGGGCUUAGGGAGAAUCAGUAAAAAACCUCGCAUUUGGGGUGGAUAGGAUGGGCGGCGGAAGCGGUGAUGAUGUUGUGACCAAAGGAUUAUCUCCAACAAUAGAAAGGGUGGGAAUCCCCAUUUGCUCAUUGGCCACUAUUAAGAGAUGAAACUGUAUUUGAAUACAUAUGCUGGUGGUUGGGGCUCCAACAAUAGAAGAACAAUACAUCUGUUAAAAUGUAAAGUUGAACAGACAGUUUACACUGCUACACUUAUGUCUGGUGCUUGGAGGAACGAAUGUAAUGUUGAGAGUGAUAAUUACAAAAAAAGGCAUCGGUUAUACCGAAAUAACCCUUCC